AUGUCCGAAAAAGAUAAUAAAAUGGAAAAGCUGAAGAAUUGCCUGAUUAAGUUACACGAUAAAAUACAAGAUCACGUUGAAGACUUCCAAGACCAGAUUCAUAACUGUGUUGAAAAAUCCAAGCUCUCAAAAUUCGUGUCCCAUGUGUCUGAUGAAAAGGAUGCCACAGAAGAUUGUGAUAAAGAAACAGAUGAUAAAUCUUCAACAGAAUCUUCAGAAAUCCACAAAGAGCGUAGCUCAAGUAUACCGUUAGUCAUAGUGGAUGAACCUAAUCUAAAUGAAACAAAGCAAAUUUGCAAAGAUUUUAUUACUAUUGAAAAGAACAACGUGCUUUAUCGGAGAUGUUUAUCAACUUCGAACCUUGCAUUUGAUGGUAAUUCAAAUUUGUACAGCUCCAGUGAUUCGUGCUUUUCUUGUCUGUCUUCUAGUGACGAAAGAGCGUCUCAAAUCAGGCCUCGGGCGGGCAGUCUGCCACCAGGUCCAAACUUCAACGUCCCAACAGCCAUCAACGCGUGUACAGAUUUGUUUGAAAAAAUAAAAAGCAAAGGAGACAUGAUUCAUAGGUAUUUAAUGAAGAACACAAGGCUGAGUGAUGUGAACAAGCGUUUGAAAGCUCAAAUAUGGAGUUCCGUGGUGACGAUAGUUUUAGUCGAAGCUAAAAAUCUUCCAGCAAUGGAUAUGGACACCAGGUCUAGUGACCCUUAUUGUAAAUUUAGGUUAGGUAAUGAAAAAUAUAAAAGUAAAGUAGUAUGGAAAACUUUACAUCCAUCGUGGCUAGAGCAGUUCGAUCUACAUUUAUACGAUGAUCAGGAGCAAAUCUUAGAAGUCACAGUUUGGGAUAAGGAUAAACAGACCAAAGACGAUUUUAUAGGAAGGUGUGCUAUAGACUUAUCCAGAUUAGAAAGGGAAAAAACGCACAACAUAUGGCAAGAGCUAGAAGAUGGGAAUGGGCAAAUAUUUCUUUUGCUUACAAUAAGUGGGACGACGCAAUCAGAAACUAUCACAGACCUCGCUAGUUAUAAAGAAAAUCCUAGGGAUAUUGAAAUUAUUGAAAGGCGAUAUACGUGGUAUCAUUUAAACGAGGGCUCAAGUGGAGUUGGCUGGCUAUGUGUUAAAGUAUACGGUGCUAAGGGUCUAGCGGCAGCAGACUUGGGGGGUAAGUCAGACCCCUUCUGUGUAUUGGAGUUGGGAAACGCGAGGCUACAAACACACACUGAAUAUAAAACGCUUACACCUAAUUGGAUGAAAAUUUUCACUUUCACAGUAAAAGAUAUAAGUUCGACAUUAGAACUAACAGUAUACGACGAAGACCACGACCAUAAAGUAGAAUUCCUCGGGAAGCUAGCGGUGCCAUUACUAAAUAUACGUAAUGGGGAAAAACGAUGGUUUGCCUUAAAAGACAAGAAAAUGAGAGCACGAGCAAAAGGAAAUUAUCCACAAAUAUUAUUGGAAAUGAGUGUUAUUUGGAAUCCGCUCAAAGGUGCUAUUCGAGUGGUAAAUCCCAAAGAGCCGAAAUAUAUGCAUCAAGAAGCAAAGUUCAAGAGACAAGUGUUUAUUAAAAACGUGAUGAGACUGAAGGCUAUUAUAAUGUGGUUUAUUGAAUUUGGCAAAAUUUUACAAGACUGUUUCGAAUGGGAGUCUAGAGUACUCUCUUUUAUGGGUCUACUAGCGUGGCUGGCUUUUUGUUAUUAUUACCAAAUGUGGAUGUUGCCAUUCUUAUUAUUAAUAUUUUUUGGAAGAAACUGGCUCAUAUAUAGACUUACAGGUGGUAACCCAUUACUAAUGCCGGUCGAUGAUGAUGAUUUAUUGGCUGAAGAAGACGAUGAAGAAGAAGUGGACAAGGAGGAAAAGAAAUCGUUAAAGGAAAGGCUGCAAGCAAUACAAGAAGUAACGCAAACCGUUCAAAAUGCGAUUGGUUAUGUAGCAUCUUUAGGAGAGGCUGUUAAAAACCUAACGAACUUUACUGUGCCAUAUCUUAGUUAUAUAGCGAUAAUUAUGCUUGUGGGCGCCAUGUUUGUACUUUACUUGAUACCAAUGAGAUAUCUGCUUAUGGCGUGGGGUAUAAAUAAAUUUACAAGGAAAAUUCUUCGACCACACACGAUACCUAAUAAUGAAGUUUUAGAUUUAUUAUCAAGGGUUCCGGACGAUGAAACAUUACUGGAUGUAAGGGAACUCAAACCGCAUCCACCAAGCGAGCACAGACGAGACGCACGAAAAAAACACAAAGCAGCG